AUGGCUGCUCUAGGUCGUCUGUCCGCUACUCUUCGAGAUAUCGACUCGAACUCGUUCGCAGACGAGGAUGAGCGGUUGUUUGCGGAAGAUAUGCUUCUUGGUGCUUUAGCACGGGUCCAGUCGCCUUGGGAUAUCGCGUGGAACCAUAAUUUUGUGAAUGCUACCACUCACGGUGCCAUAAAGAGCCUCAUCGAUGCGGGUGUCUUCACGAAAUGGGCAGAGAACGGAAGUAAGCCAGAAACCAGUACAAGUCUCGCUAAGAUGACAGAUACGGACCCUAUCCUCAUCAAACGCCUUGUGAGACACCUCGCUUCGCAUAAUCUUCUCGUCGAGACAGAAGAGGAUACCUAUGAACCUUCCCCAUGGGCAAAGACAUUAGGGACCGAUCAAGCAUUUCCUUCCAUAUAUGGGGCCUUCUACAGCGAUAUAAUAUCGGUGAUGUCUAACGGGCUUCCAUCGUUUCUAAAGGAAACGGGGUUCAAGAACCCUACCGACAGCAAACACGGUGUCAUUCAACAUUUGCAAGGUCCAUACGAGUCCGUUUUCGAAUAUAUCGUAGCCGACCCGACACGUAGUAAAGACUUCUCUUGUGCGAUGGAAUGCCACUCGAGGUGGAACAUGACAGCCUGGACCGAUGCAUACCCGACGGACAUACUACUCAAAGACGCCAAACUAGAUCGACCGUUGGUUGUCGAUGUUGGUGGUAACAAAGGCCAUGAUCUAGAGAAGUUCUGGCUCAAACAUCCUGAAAUCCCAGACGGAAGCCUGGUAAUAGAAGAUCUCCCCGGGAUCCUCUCGGAAGUAGAGAUAACAAAUAAGGCUAUUUUGAAGCAGCCGUACGACUUCUUCACGCCACAGCCCUUGAGAGGUGCCCGUGCUUAUCUUGUGCAUAAAGUCCUUCACGAUUGGUCGGACGAGCCUGCUAUAAAGAUCCUGAAAAAUAUCGCGGGCGGAAUGGAGAAGGGUUACUCCAAACUAUUGAUCCACGAAAACCUAGUUGAGACAGUCAGACCGUCACGGCGGACCACCGCAUCUGAUAUGAUAAUGCUAACCUACACGACUGCGGCAGAGAGGACCGAGACAGAGUGGCACAAACUAGUUAACGCCGCCGGGCUGAAGAUAGUUAAAAUUUGGAAGCAGCCUACGGCACUCGACGGUGUCAUCGAAGUGGAUUUAGCGUGA